AAAGGGGAAAGCAUCACUGUGAGUCUCUGCCAAGAGAGUGACAGUGUAGGAGGGCGGGAGCGGGAUCUAAGUGUGGGUGCGCGUGUCGUCAUCACACACAGUGCAGAGCAGAGCGCCCACCCUCUCUCGCUCCUUCUGUUCUUAUACUGCAUCCCAACCGUCCCCUCAGCCAGCUUCCAUUGUUGCCCGCCUGUAUCCAGCAGAGGUUCCACAUUCGGGUAGUGAGCUUCCUCACACACUCUCUGCAGAGCCAACAUAGACAAGUACGAGCUUCAGGAUGAGUUUGAGCUUCACGCCUGCCUUGUCUCUCCUUCUUCUUCUCAACUGCGGCGUAAGCGCCGUCCCCUCCCCAUUCCAGCUGGCUCCGGACACCCCGGCACCGGCCGAACCCACGCCGACCUGGACUGCGGCUCAGUUGGACCCCUGCGAAGGUCAACCCUGUCUCAACGGUGGGCUCUGCCUGGCCCUUCUGUCUCCAGGCAGGCCAGAGGACACCUGGGAUUACACCUGCACGUGCGGUCAGGGCUUUGCCGGACGCAACUGUGAGUUUUUCACAGACCCGUGUUCCAGCAGUCCUUGUCUCCAUGGAAACUGCAGCCUGCACAUUGGAGAAGCGGAGGGGGAGCCGACUUACACCUGCGAAUGCAGCGAAGGCUACGAGGGGCCAAAGUGCGAUCAAAUCGUACUGGCUGUGGCUGAAUGGGAACCUGUCUCCCCCUCAGCUCCUGAACCGGCCACCCCUGUCACCUCCACAACACCAGCCGCCACCCAACCACCUCACCCAACCAGCGUGUCCACCAGCCCAACAUCGGCAACUCCCACCCUGUCACCAUGGCAACCCAAAACUGGGCAGCGGGUUCUGAUGGUACUGUGGGAGGCGGACAGGGUGACAGAGGGUCUGCACUGCUCGUGCCCGGAGCUGUGUGAGCUGACAGCAUCGCUGACUUUAUCUCUGGAAGUGCCAGAGGAAACGGCUGUGAAGUUGGUGGUAAAUGCCGAUGGGGCUCCAGUGCUGUGGCGUGUGAAUGAAGAAGGCUUCCAGCGUUCUUCUUUUAUAAAUGGGUCCAAAAUGUGGUUCCUGCAGGCCUCCAAUGGGCUGGUGAUCCCUGACCAUGCGUUGCCUCUGGGCCAAAACUAUUUCCUCAGUGUGAUCCAGGUCGAUGCCCCCACAGCACCAGAGGUCACCCUGCGUCUCAACCUGACAGUGAAAGCUAGCAAUUGUGUGGAGCCUGGCAGCAGCUUCAGUGACCCCCAGUGCUCGGGCAAAGGCAAAUGUGUCACGCAGCCCUCUGAGAGCACCUUCUUUUGUGAGUGUGAUGACAGUUACACAGGAAUCUUCUGUGAGGAACUUGAUGCCUGUCAGCACCGCCCUUGUCGCAAUAAUGCCACCUGCACCGAUGUUCGGCAGGGUGGCAAAGGACACAACUUCACGUGCACUUGUCAACCAGGUUACGAAGGGGAACGCUGCCAAUUGCUGGUGAACCACUGCCUCUCUCAGCCCUGUGAGAAUGGAGCCACCUGCUCCAGCAGCCUGGCCGGACCUACUUGCAUCUGUCCUGAAGGAUAUCAGGGACCCACAUGUGAGCUGAAGGUGGAUCCGUGUGCUUCUGGGCCUUGCCACAACAAUGGAACCUGCUCCCCUGAGGGUCCCAGCCCUCUGGGCUUUGCCUGUAGCUGCACAAGCGGUUUCACCGGCCCCACCUGUGCCCAGUUGGUAGAUUUCUGCGCUUUGAAUCCCUGUGCCCACGGAGUGUGUCGCAGCGCGGGCAACAGUUACAGGUGUCUUUGCGUCCCAGGCUAUCACGGCUUGUACUGUGAGGAGGAGUACAAUGAGUGUCUGUCUGCGCCCUGCCAGAACUAUGCCACCUGCCAGGACCUCAUCAAUGCCUACGAGUGUGUCUGCACACCACAGUUUGAAGGCAGACACUGUGAAAUUUUCAAGGACCCGUGUUUGAAAAUGCGCUGCUUCAAUGGAGGGCACUGCGAGAGUUCAGGACAGAAUGCUUCCUGUACCUGCCCACCCGGAUACACGGGGGAGCGAUGUGAAGUCGACAUCAAUGAGUGUGAGAGUAACCCUUGUCAUCACGGGGGCACUUGCAUCGACCAAUCACAUGGCUACACUUGCCACUGUCACCCUGGCUGGGUGGGGCCUGUUUGUGAGAUCCACCUGCAAUGGAAGCCGCCGCACUCGGAGGAAACUCUUCCCAACAUGCCCCGCCACUCCCUUUACAUCAUCAUCGGAGCGCUGUGUGUGGCCUUUGUCCUCAUGCUCAUCAUCCUCAUCGUGGGCAUCUGUCGCAUUAGCCGCAUCGAGUACCAGGGUUCCUCGCGCCACGCCUACCAGGAGUUUUACAACUGCCGCAGCAUCGACAGCGAGUUCAGCAACGCCAUCGCCUCCAUCCGCCACGCCAGAUUUGGCAAGAAGUCUCGGCCUGCCAUGUAUGACGCCACUCCUAUCAACUAUGAAGACUACAGUCCCGAUGACAAACCUUUGGUUACCCUUAUUAAAACGAAAGAUUUGUAAAACAUGCUUGCACCCACGUACACAUACUCCACAGGCUAAUAGAUAGGAAAAGUCAGUCUGAAUGUAAAAUGUAAGAACAAAAAAAAAAGAUCCCAAAUUAUGUCAUCUUUAGAUUAAAAGGAACAACUAUGGAAUUUGAUAGAUCUAUUUUCCUGUUAAUCUUCACGCUAAAGGCUUUACUGUAGCAUAAGCGCAGCACUGAGACGGUGAUGAGGAGCAACUCACCUCAAUACAAUACGUCCAGAUUUCUAGAGCUCAAAAUAACUACAAAAUAAUGAUGUCUGCACACAACUCUCUUUCUUUUUGGCCACCUGUCAGGGUCUGCAACUUCGCAGUGUCACAAACCUGACGGCAGUCGGCUGGGUUGUUGCAGGAAAUAGAUAUCACCGCGUACGCUGGAUAUUUUUAUAACGCAAGUCAAUUCUGCAGUAGGUUGCCUUACUUCACGCAUGGUUAGAUUUGUUGUUCAUCUCUCCCCUCCGUAGAUGUAUUACUCUGUAAAGACUGUGCCAAAUAUUCUUUUGUGGUUGUUCAACACGUGUAAGAAUAUUACAUAUUUAAGGGUGAUUUUUUUUUUUUUUUUUAGUAAUACCUAAUCGUCUUUGUUCUUUAACGUGCAAACUUCUCACAGUUGUAUUAAUUGUCCAGAUUGUGUAUUUGCUAGACUUCUGUGAUCCUACCAUCCUGCUGUGCGUACGUCAGUGAACCGUCGGGUAGACAGUUGGUAUGAUCGUCAGUGCAGUUUACGCAAUGUGCUCUACCUGUUUUCUAUUAUACAACACUAACUCACAGUCUUGAUCGUAGAGUAUGGUUUCUUUUGCUGAAAUGACCCCUAGAUAUGCAUUCAACACUUAUUACUUGUGUUCCCUACGUUAAAUAAUUAAAGUGAACCAUGUCCGUCAAA